AUGAAUAUUUAAUUUUAGUUAGAUAUAAACAUUUAUUAUUUAUUUGUAUUUUUAAUGAAGAUUACUUCAUUAUAUUUGAAUAUAUAAACAUUUAAUAUUUAUUAUAUUUUUAAUUUAGAAUACUUAAUCUAGUAAACCUGUUGUGAAGAAUCCAUAUUCUAAAUAACAAUUACAAUAAAAUUAAUUAACAAUAUUUUAAUAAGAAUAGUUAUCAAUAAAAAUUAGACGAAGAGUGGUAUCAAUAAAUGGUAGAGCUCCAAUAGAAUCAAAAAGGUUAGCAAAUGAAAGAAAAUAUAGCAUUUAGCAUAACUAAUAAGAGAAGUACCAUGGACAGAGUUAUUAAUACAAUACACCUAUGAAUUUUAUGUCUUAAGAUACAACAUUCGAUAAAAUUGCAAACAUAAGCAAGAUUAGAUUCAAUGAAAAAUAAGUAGUUAAAAACUAAUUUUGA